GUGAACACCUCGAACCUCCCGAAGAUGUUCCGCGCCGUCCUAGUGCUGGCCGUCGUCGGCCAGGCCGCGUUUGCCCAGUACGGCCGCCCCUCGGGUAGCCAAUCCGGCAGCUUCCCUCCGUACGAGGCUACGAUCUCGAUCGCCGAGAAGGUACGCCCACUGGCAACCACCUGGACUCCGGGAGCGAACCCGUUGCCACCGCACCUGUACCGGACCGGUGCCAAGCGCGAGGAUCUGGAGAAGCACCGACUUCCGCUCGGAAUUCUGGUCGUCAAGGACCACAUCGUGCUGCCGGAACGGUUCGACGCCCGCGACCGUUGGCCAGAGUGUACCAGCUUGAAGCAGAUCCGCAACCAGGGCUGCUGCGGAUCUUGCUGGGCUAUUUCCGCUGCGGAGACCUUCACCGAUCGUUGGUGCAUCCACUCGGAGGAUAAGGACCAGUUCUCGUUCGGAGCGUACGACCUGCUGUCCUGUUGCCACUCGUGCGGUGACGGAUGUCAGGGUGGAAACCUUGGACCGGCUUGGCAGUUCUGGGUUCAGCGUGGAGUCUCCAGCGGUGGUCCGUACAACUCCCGUCAGGGAUGUCAUCCGUACCCGGUUGACGUGUGCCAUUCAGCCGAUGAGGACGCCGAUACCCCCAAGUGUACUCGCAAGUGUCAGUCCACGUACAACGUGACCAACGUAUCCGACGAUCGUCGCUUCGGGCGUGUGGCCUACUCUGUGGCCCAAGACGAGGAGCGCAUCAAGGAGGAGAUCUUCCGUAACGGACCGGUUCAGGUGUCCUUCGACGUCUACCUGGACUUCAAGGCGUACAAGACUGGAGUGUACCGGCACGUGUUUGGCCCCAUGGAGGGAGGUCACGCCGUCAAGAUGAUCGGCUGGGGUGUUGAGAACGGCACCAAGUACUGGCUGUGCAGCAACUCGUGGGGUGAGGACUGGGGUGAGCGAGGCUUCUUCAAGAUCGUCCGCGGGGAGAACCACUGCGGCAUUGAGUCCGAUGUGCACGCUGGACUGCCGCACUACGCCAAGCGGGAUCAGAUCAACUACUGAGAAAUGUGUUGAGUGAAAAAUACAGCUCAUUAAAAUCAA